CAGGUCCCGUACCACCUGGGCCAGGUCCCGUACCACCUGGGCCAGUUGGGCCUCCACUUAAUGGGUUCAAGCAUGUGCUCGAGCAGCUCUAUGGCGAUGAUCCGACUGUGCGAUGCUCACGGGACAAGGCGCUGGUCGAGUUUGCGCAUCCACCGCAUGGGGUGGAUGGGGCAUGUUCGCAGAGUUGCAAUGAUUGUACAAAUGAGGUUGAGGCCAUCAUCUGCACGGCGGACGGCCGGAUCGAGGUGUGGCACGGCACCGUCUGUCCGCACCAGCUCGAUCCGCCGGUCAACAACCUCACCUUGACCAAGAUCCUCACACCAGGCGAAUGUUACUCGAAUAAGGACAUCCGCUCCCAUGAUGAGGAGAAGGGCUUUCGCAAGUUCGAGUGUCUGGACAGGUUCCCCACGCCGCCGGAGCGGUUUGUACAGGGAAUCGAGUUCCAUACGUGGUUCGGACCGACGCCGCCGUCCAACGAGACAUGCUCGAGCCUGCACUCUCCGCCCGAUGCGGUGUUUUACGCCGAGGUUGGAGCAUGCAUUCCCAUGGAUUCGGGAUUCCUCACCAUGGAGUGUCGGUCGGGCGUGCCGGGUGGCCUCCUUUGCUCCACCCCCGACUGUGAUCGGGCCAACUGUAACGACGCCGGCUUUCCGCCGGUCGACUUUACCGUCUCGCCUGGAUGCAAGCGAGGCUUUGACGACAACGAAUGGGUCUACCCGCGCUGCUUUGGCUUCGCCAACUCGGGCGGCGAAGGCUUCCAGGCGUCGCCGGACCACUUUUCGUCGCCGUCGUCGUCGACCUCGAUCUCGGUCUACCUCAUUGUCGCUGCCGCAGUUGCUUUUCUCAUUGUCGCUGCUUUCAAGCGGUCCAAGGCCUCGUCGUUUGCUCUCGCCAACCAGGACCGCCUGGUCUCGGUCAACAUUGUGACCAAGAUCAUGCGCGAGUCGUCAAUCAUCGGCAUUUUCGCCCACCCGGUCGGCGAUCCGUACUCGUUCAUUCCGCGAAUCAUAGGCCUGACGCUCUCGCUGCUGCUGCAGGUCUUGUCUGUGGCGGUUGUGGCUGCGCUCAAUCUCGACAACCUGGCGGAGCCCGGCGGAUCGAUCGAGAACAUCGGCUCGUCGUUCCUGCUCUCAUUUGUGGUGGGCACCAUCCUGUCGACGGUGCUGGGUGUGGAGCUGUUCCGGACGACAGUGCAGGACGGCCCGUUCCUUGCAGACGGGCCUAAGGUCCCGCGGGCUGUGGCCAUGGCGAUCGGCGUAGGGCUGGCGGUGGUGGGUGCCGGCGGCGCAGCAUUCUUUCUGGUCGCCGGGCCGGAGGUUGUGGGCGACUCUCACAACAUCGACGUCGGCGCCAUCCUCGGCCAGAUCGGUGCUACUUGGGUCUCCACGUACCUUGUCUCUGAGCCUGCGUUUAUCGCUCUCAAAUUUAUCGCUUGGGGCGAACGGCACAUGUGGUCGGUGGCGUGGCUGCUCGCAGCCGGUGGAAUCGCCGGCGCAGCGUCGAAACGGACGGCCAAGGUCGGGCCGGCGCACGAGAGCGAGAGCGGAGAGGUUGAGAUGACACGGGCGAGCGCAAGUGAUGAGAGAAGCGACGUCGAGCAUGGGUCAGGGGCCGAGCGCGCAAGCGACGACUCCCAAAGCUAGUCUGCAUCCAGCUGCCAUGCUCGCCGCAGGCGAGCUUUCGCAUCAGUCACUGGAUGCAGCGGCAGCAGCCGCGGUAGCCGCAGAUGCGG